UUGUUGCAUAUAUCAAUGUAUGAAGACGGAGUGCCAAGACCCAGAAGGAAAUGCUUGGAAAUGUUGUUAUUAUGUGAGGAUUUAAAGAAUGAUGCCAUGGAAAUACACACAGAAUAUAAAGUUUUCAGAAAAAAGGAAAUCUCCAGAAAACAAAUAAGACUGAUUGCUAAUUCAUCAUGGGUGGGUGAACAAACCACUGAUAAUCAGGAUGCUGAUGUUGAGGUGAUCCUUCCAGCUGAGCUAUCUGAGAGAGCUGAAGAGCAACAGAAUGACCUUUCAAGGAUCAUUUUCACCGUAUUUAAUGACACCGAACUAUUUGAGGAUGAAAAUAAUAGCACACUAUUAAAUGACCAAGUGUUUGGAAUUACUGUGGGAAACACAAGCAUUCAGAACUUAAUGGAAGGUGUGACUAUUAAGGUUAAUCAUGGCAAAAAUAUGAAAAAAGGAUCAUAUCGAUGUGUAUUCUUGUUUGAAAGUGACAAUGAAAACAUCUCAGACUCCUGGAAUUCCACAGGCUGUAAGACAACAGUUGAGGGUCAUCAAACCAUUUGUGUGUGUGACCAUCUAACCUUCUUUGCUGUGCUGCUGGACUUACGCUUGGACAACAACACGUUGGAUGAAAAAGAUGUGAUAUCAUUAUCCUACAUCACUGUGAUUGGCUGUGCGAUCUCUGCCGUCUUCUCUGUCAUCACAGUAUUCCUUUACUGUGUGGUGAGGAAGAAUAAAGGUGAUCACACCACCCAGAUCCACAUUAACCUCUGCAUUGCUUGCUUUCUACUGAAUAUGAACUUCCUGACCAAUGAGUGGAUCAGUAAGCUGAUGAUUGAUGGUCUCUGUAAGACGAUGGCUGUGCUCCUUCACUAUUCAUUACUGUGCACUUUCACAUGGAUGGCAAUUGAAGGACUUCAUCUCUACCUGAUGCUGAUCAAAGUGCUCAACACCUAUGUCAAACGCUACAUACAGAAACUGGCUUUGAUGGGUUGGGGCAUCCCUGCUGUGGUGGUGACUUUGUGCAUUGCAGUGGACAAGGACAAUUAUGGACAGUUUCAAAUCAAAAUGCAGGACAAUAACAGCUCUGUUUCCAUGUGCUGGAUAACAAAUGAUGAAGUGCAUUAUGUUACAAACUGUGGCUUUAUCAGCAUGAUAUGGCUUUGGAACUUGACAAUGCUAAUCACCGUCUGUGUCAAGCUAGCUCAGAUGAGAAAAGGAUUCGGUUCUGUGUCCAGAUCUGUGUGGAAGGAUCUGUGGACGGUCCUCGGCCUCAGUUCUUUGCUGGGCAUCACGUGGGCUUUGCCAUUUUUUUUACAUGGACCAAUGUACGUGGUUCAAACGUACCUGUUUUGCAUCUUAAACUCCCUGCAAGGGUUUUAUAUAUUCUUGUGGUACUAUGCUAUAAAACGACCAUCCAAAGAGCAAAAUACAAAUUAUACAUCAGAUAAGUAAAGAAGAAAUGGAAAUGAAACUGCAUUUGCUGGAAAAGAUCCCGCUGAUUAUAAACUUUAAUUAAGAGCAGCAUUUAUUAUUUCAACUUGCCUUAAAAAUCAGAACCAAUAUCUCUAAUUUUUCUUUGCAUGGGUGACUUGCAUUUUGCACUUGAAGACCAGCCUAAUAGUAAUUUGUUGACCUAAAUGGUUAUUCAGGUAUUCAAUUGCUGAGCCACAAUGGGACAAUCAAGGUCAAUAACACCGCUGAGCAUACUUUUCCCACCCUCCCACUCCCACUUUCUGCUUUCUGCAGAGAUCACUCUCUACAAGACUCCCUUGUCCAUUCGUCUCUCCUCACUGAUCUCCCCCAACGCUUGUCAUUGCAAGUGGAACAAGUGCUGCACCUGCCCCUACAGCUCCUCCUGCAGGGUCCCAAACAGUCAUUCUAGCUGAGGCGACUCUUCACCUGUGAGUCUGUUGGGGUCAUUUCCUGUGUCCGGUGCUCCUCGUAUGGCCUCUUGUAUAUCAGUGAGAUCCAGCUUAGAAUGGGAGACCGCUUUGCCAUGCACCUACACUCCAUCUGCCGGAAGAACUGCGAUCUCCCAGUGGCCACCCAUUUUAAUUCCACUUCCCAUUCCCAUUCUGAUAGGUCUAUCCCUAGCCUCCUCUACUGUCGCAAUGGGGCCACACUCAGGUUGGAGUGACAACACCUUGUAUUCCGAAUGGGAAGCUCACCACCUGAUGGCCUGAACAUCGAUUUCUCUAACUUCUGAUAAUGUUCCCCCCCCCCCUUCACCAUUCCCCAUCUCCUUUUCCCUCUCUCACCUUACCUCCUUGCCUACCCAUUGCCACCUUCUGGUGCUCCUGCCCCCAUUUCUUUCUUCCAUGACCUUCUGUUCUCUCCUAUUACAUUCCUCCUUCUCAACAGGUACAUUUAAUGUCACAGAAAUGUAUACAAUAUAAAUCCUGAAAUGCUUUUCCUUCACAAACAUCCACAAAAUCAGAGGAGUGUCCCAAACAAUGAAUGACAUUAAGCUUUAGAACCCCACAGCCCCCUCCCCCAGCUCCCCCUCCCACACACAAGCAGCAACCUCCCCCACUCAUCCCCACCAGCAAAUAGCAUCAGCACCCUCCACCGAGCACUCAAGCAUACAGCAAGCAUCAAUAAAGACACAGACUAGCAGUACCCCCAAAAACUACUCAUUCACCAGGUAAUUCAAUAUACCACAGGCUCUCUCCCUCUCCCCAAUGAGGGAAACAAGAGGUGUCCCGAUUUCACAGUGAGAGGUGGGACAUAACAAACAACUCACUGAUUUACGAUAUUAAAGUCUGUGGUGUCGCUUUUUCUGAGCUCUGCGCCCAGAGAAUCAGCCCUAGAAAGGUGCAGAUUUCUGGACACACAACCCACGGCAGCUAACCCGCUGACCCCGAAGAUCCGUGUUCUCCCACGGCGCCUCAGUCAGGGGCACCGGCCUAGAAUCAGCAUGUUUCCAGAGCUACAAAAAUACAACACCCUGAAGGUGCACUGGUCUUCCAGGCUGCGUCCUUGGGAUAUCAAAAUGAGGCCGUGAGAGCAGGUCCCAUUCCCGCAGAGCACCAAAGUCAGAGUGUAACUCCAGGUCAGGGUCUUCAAAAGAACCCUGAAAAUGAGAAAAAAGAGAUGAAAGAUGGAAAUAGAGCUGUUUCCGAAGAUGCAAAGUUAGUGCCAUCAUCACUCCAGCCCUGUAUCUCUUUCACCAAUCAACUUCCCAACUGUUUACUUCUCCCCUCCCAAUUCGGGUUUCACCUAUCACCCUCUCCUCUCCCCACCUUUUAAAUCUACUCCUCAACGUUUUUCCUCCAGUCCUGAUGAAGGAUAUUGGCCUGAAAUGUCAACUGUACUCUUUUCCUUAGAUUCUUUUCCUCCUGCAUUUUGUGAGUGUUAAUGAUUUCAAUGUUCAACUUGUACAUGUUAAUUACGAAAAUCACCCACUACUGUAAUUUGCAAAGGUAUCCUUCAGUUGUCAGAAUAUCUGGUUGAAAUUUUGCCAUCUUUAUCGGCAUUCUCCUUAUAGGUUGGUUUCCUUGUCAAUCAUAAGCAGGCCAACACUUUUGUGCAACACAUGAAAAAUGCCAGAGGAACUUAGCAAGUCAGAUUACAUGUAUGGAGGGAAAUAAAGUCAAAGUCUUUGGCCAAAACCCUUUGUUUUGACAUCUACAAUCAUCUCUUUGAGCAUCCCACCUUGAGCGGAGUGGAAUUAGAAAGUACAACCAAUGUACUAGAAAAUGAAAAUUAUAUAACACUA